GAGCGGCAAGCCGCGAACUGCGUCGCGACGCCUCCGACUCGAGUCUCGACUCCCGAGGCGCAUCGUUGAUCGCAUCGAGCCGAUCGAGCAGUCGCGCGCGGACCGCGGAACGGAGAGUAUCUGCUUUUCUGCCCGCGCUUUCGCGGCCUCUCGUUCUGCUAUCCCUCGACCCGAAAGACGACAAGCGAGAGUUUUUAAUCUACGUACGACUGACCGAUGCCAGAAUAGAAAAAGCGAGGGUUCCUACGCUGCUCGAGAUCUUUGCUUGUUACACUCUCGCUCUCUUCGUGCCGUCUUUCUAUUAUUUUUUUUUAAUCGUUGAAUUGCCGUUUUUGCUUGCUUCGGUUUCGUUGCAAUUUCGUUUGAAAACAAAACUUGUUAACAAACAUGUGCCUGCGGGUAUUGCAUUCGUCUACAAAUCUGUGACUCUUUAUGUUGUAUUGAUGAAAAAUUGAUUAACCGCGUUUCUACCACGUCAGAAAGGAGUAUUAAGGGUAUGGGCAACGCAAAGUGAGCAGCAAGUGAGAUCAAGGAGAAAAGAAGAGAGAGAAACGUUAUCCGUUGUGUUAAUAAUACGCGAGGAACAAUCUGGACGGUUGUAAUAAAUUGCGACGCGGGACGGGAGGAAAACAAUCCAAUUUCGUACAAUUGGUGUGUGUGUCCACAUAGCCCAUGUACGCCAAAGACUGAAGAGACGAGCCGGUUAGCGUGUGGACCCUUACCAAGGUCCGUAGUUGAGACAGGCGAAGAGAAGAGAAGGGGGAAGGAGAAUAAGGAGAGGAACGAAAGAAGAAAAGAAAAGCAAAAUUUUACAAAAGGGGAUAACGAAAAUGGCGGUCGGGGACGGGCAGAUACUGGGGAACGAGGCGGUGGAUUCGCUGACGAUAAUAUCACCGAGUUCAAAACUGUUGAGUGGACCGGGUAACGGUGUUAUAUGCAACGCGAUACCGAAGCACAAUAACAACGGACUUAUGCCGAAUGGAAAACCGAUCGAAAUUGUUUCUAACGGCAAACCAGAGGCUGGUGAUAAAAAUUCAAAUGGCACAAACACCGUAGAAUUUUCUGACGAAGAUGUCAGCUGCGGAUGGGGAAGUCUCGUUACACCUAAGUGGAUGCAGUGCUUUGCUUCGAAACAAGCAUUCUUAGUCAUCUUUUGUAUCACCUGGGUCCUCCAGGGUAUGUAUUACACCUACUUCGUAUCUGUAAUAACGACAAUAGAGAAGUUGUUCCAAAUACAGUCGAAAACUACGGGUAUAAUAAUGUCUGCAACCGAGAUCGGGCAAAUCGGUUCGUCGCUUCUUCUGACCUAUUACGGGGGUCAAGGUCACCGGCCUAAAUGGAUAGCGUGGGGGAUGAUCUUGUUCGCUGUAAGUUCCUUCUCCUGUUCCAUGCCGCACUUCAUAUUCGGCGAUAAACUCAUGCGGCAAAAUGAAAUGCUUCACACGACCGGCCCCGUUCCACCAAACUUAUGCAAGCUUGAAGAACCAUGGGAUACAAACACGACGAGGGAUACCACGCCUGUGUUGCGGAAUCUGUCCUCAACUUACUGCAAGGAAGCUUUCUUAGAGGAACGGAGGAUACAGAGCAAAAUCACAACGAUAGUUUUGGCUAUAUUCUUCGUCUCUUUACUCGGUGUUGGAAUGGGCCAGACGGCCGUUUACACUCUUGGGAUUCCUUAUAUUGACGACAACGUUGCUAGCAGAGAGAGUCCUCUCUAUUUUGCAAUUACAAUCGGCGUGAGAAUACUCGGACCAGCUCUCGGUUUUAUACUUGGAUCGCUCUGCACAAUGUUGUACGCAGAUUUGUCCGUAACUCCGGAAAUUACGCCUUCAGAUCCUCGAUGGGUGGGUGCCUGGUGGCUCGGUCUGGUACUCGUUUCGGCGAUGCUACUGUUGGCCAGCGUCGCCAUGUUCGCAUUUCCUCGGCGUUUGCCAUCUAGCAAAGCACCGCUUCGGCGCGAUGAUGCGAACAAGCCGAGUCUCAAAGAUUUUCCAAAAGCCGUCAAAAGGUUACUCAAAAAUGAUAUACUCAUGUUUCGAACUGCGAGCAGCGUUCUGCACAUCUUGCCUAUCGCCGGCCUCUACACUUUUCUACCAAAGUAUCUGGAGAGCCAAUUCCGACUUCCAGCUCAUCAUGCUAACAUGAUUUCAGGAGUCGGAGGUAUCCUUGUAAUGGGCCUCGGUAUAGUGCUCAGUGGGGUAUUUAUUCUGAAAAUGAAACCCAAUGCCAGGCUAGUCGCUGCCUGGAUCGCCUUCACAGCUAUCGUCUAUGCCGUUGGCAUGGGGAUUUUGAUGUUCAUUGGAUGUCCGAUGGAUGAUUUUGCAGGGCUUGUGUUACAUCCUGAACAGAAAGUUGAAGAUAAGAACGUCUUCAGUAUGUCUAGUUUUGCGCUGACAUGUGAAACAGAUUGCGAAUGUGAUUACAACAAAUUUAGUCCGAUCUGUGGAUCCGAUGGUAAAACUUACUACUCGGCUUGUCACGCAGGCUGUUCCAACUACGUUGUUGAAAACGACAAGGUAGUUUCCUAUUCGGACUGUCAGUGUAUUGAUCAGAAUUCUACACACUCCGAUCCAUUGGACACUGCAACAAUUGGUUACUGCGAUUUAGACUGCAACAACUUCUGGGUCUAUAUGAUUCUAUUCUCAGUCUUUGUUUUCAUUCAUUCUACGAGUGAAGUUGGCUCCAUGCUACUGAUACUCCGAUGUGUCGACCCUAGGGACAAGGCCAUGGCUUUGGGGCUGAUACAAUUUGCAAUUGGCCUUUUCGGUAACGUUCCUUGCCCCAUAGUUUACGGUGCUGUUGUAGACUCGGCCUGUCUUGUGUGGGACGUUGCGUGCGGUGAACGCGGUGCCUGCUGGCUCUACGAUUCUAACAUAUUCCGAAUGUUUUAUCAUGGUACUACGGGCGGUAUUUUGCUCUGCGCAUUCAUUACUGACCUUGUGGUAUGGUACAAAGCAGGCAGUAUAAACUUUGCGGAUGAGAACGAGGAAGGAACGGCGGAGGAAAUGGUGAAUUUGAAGAGGUCGGAUCGACAACGGGCACCCGACAACGAUUACCUGUAAACGGAAAAAAAUCGACAAAGAAAAAUCCCUCCGGCGAGGCGAUGGAAGACACAAGGCAGAGAUUGCAUUUCUUGUUACUUUUUUUUAAUUACAUAUAUAUAUAUACAUGAAUCAAAGACAAAGGUGCUUAUAAAAUGGUAUUGUACUCGUCGUACGAUUCAUUUUCUACGUGAGAACUUGUGUUUUUAAACGUUGGAACUGCACUUCGGGUAGUCGAGUGAAUGACGGCCAACCGUUAUUUUCAUUUAAAUGAUAUAUUUGCAUCAAUCACGCCUAUCGACGGUUACUACAACGACAUUUUAACAACCUGUUAUACGAGUCUCAUUUGGUUUACUAAAAAGGAAAAAAAAAAAAAUGAAAGGAAGAAACGUAUCCAAACGAUAGAUCUUUAUUCGAGUACAUGAUAAUAUUAUGUACGAGAUCGCAUGUGUAUAGGUAAUGUUAUGUACUACUAUGAUGCUCAGCGCGGAAAAAAUGCCAUAUUUGUAAAUAAUUUUUAAACGCGUGCGUGGUGUUGACUGCCUACGACUGACGUGUUGUUUUCGAAUGAAAAUAGGAGAUACUACAGGCGUAAAACAGAAGACUAAAAAAAAAAAAAAUACAACAAACUAAUUAUUGAACUCAUGCAAAGGGGAUAUAUAUCUAUACGCAUAUUACACAUGAGAAGAUAUUUGGGAGUAAUUAUACCAAUUACAUCACACAUUUACUUCACACGGGUACGAAAAAAAAAAGUAAAAACAAAACUGACUGACUGAAAGUGCAGAAUCGAAGUAUAAAAGUAUGAGAGAGAGAAAAAGGAAAGAGAGUAAGAGUGAGCGAAAGAGAGCGCGAGAAUGUUAUACACCUGUUCUAGGAUUGAUUUAAUCUCAGUGGAUAUAGGUAGCUAUAACAAAUGCGUUUUGAGUAUUGCUAAGAGGAAUUUAUAUUUUGCUUGUUUAAUUUUGUUUAAUUUUUUUUUUUCAUGUCGUUUUCAAUCAUGUGUACCUAAGUUAUUGCGACUUUCGUGCCUAAUUGGGAUUAUGCUGGGUGCCGUAUUUUUACAUCGUAAUAUAUAUAUAUACGGUAAAAAUGUGAUACUGUGCAUUUUACAUUUGCAAUUUUGUACAAAAUGCAUUGCUAACGACUGAGUGGUUGACGCGCAUGCGCUAAAAUUCGAGAGCAAGAGCAUCUGUUUUGUCAAGGUGACCAACAUUUUUGACGUUACAUGCGUCGCGGCAACGUGUCAUCUGAAUAUAUAAAUAUUGGUCACCCUGUUAAAACAACUGUUCUUGCUUUCUAAUUUGCGCGCAUGCGAAUUAACCCAUUUGGUCGUCAGCAAUUCACUCUGUAUAUACAUACAAUAUGUAUACAUGCAUAUAUAUAUAAUUAUACAAAUUUUAAUUGUUUGAUGAUUGAGCUGAGCUCUGUAGUUACAAUUACGAUAAUUAUUUUUACAAGUAUUCUUACAGCACAUCAGCUGGAUUAGGAUCGCAAGGUUACCGUAUCAAAUAUUAUUGAUCCAUGCUCAGUUGAAGAGCAUCAUAUUUUUAUUUCUAUUGCCGUAUAUUUGUCUACGGCAUAUAGGAAGUUUUAGAUUGAUUGACACGUUCUGCUGUGAAGAAAGAAUCACAUUAAAUUUUAUCACUUCUCUUCCCGAUUGUUUAUAUUAUUUAUGUUAAUCGGGAUGCAGUGUUUUAGUAGUUCAAUUUUAUAUAUUUAACAAAAAAAAAAAUAUAUAUAUAUAUAUACAUAUAUACACACAUAAAUACAUAUACAUAUAUAUAUAUAUAUAUAUAUAUAUUUUUAUUAUAUUACUUUUACGUAUCGUAUGUACAUAGAAGAGAUGAGAGUUUAUUAUAUUGAUUAAAUUUAUAACCAUCCGAGGGGCGAUAUAGAAAUAGGUGAGGAGAGGAAGAGAGGUCUAGAAGUUACGAAUUCGUAAAAAAAUUAAAAUCAAAGAAAAGUCUUGACAAAAAAAGAAAAACAAAAAAAAACAAAAA